AUGAGCUGCUCAACGUUGACCCAAGUCGUCCCGAUAGGCUGCCGUAAGGUCGUGAUCGAGGGCCUAGGGAGUUUACAGCAUCUUGAUCAGGUCAGCGAGGGUGAAACCAAAGCCGAGAGGCCUGCCUCGCCGUCGUUCUCUAUGAUCAUACAUGAUGACGAGCCAAUAUCUGAGCUUUGGAAUCGGAUUGAAGAACACGGCUUCCAAAAGCCUCUAGAGCUCAUAAUCGACGAUAUACACUACCGCGAAGAUACCCACAGAUACGUCGUAAGCAACCAUGACGAAGUCAUUGUGGUCACGGACGACCAGAUAUCCACCAAGAACACAAUCAGACUCACAGAAUCGCUUAUCUCACACGCAAACACUCAUCAUGGUCCAAGUAUCGACUUUAAUAUCACUCCGCUAUCUUCCUCGCAAUGCGCCGUGGAUACCAGUUGCGGAUUUCACGUGUCUUUCGAACGAACACCGAGAAUGCCGGAUGACAACAGGUUGCACCAGCUGCCAGGCUCGUUGGGAAGUUACGACCUAUUCAGUGUACAAGCAUAUUCUAACCGUCUUCCGAAAAGCAUCAGUGAGAGUGGAGGUGUUUUCUUCCCCAUGUGGCAGAGAGAAGCUAUGUGGCUGAACUUCAAGCCAAAGCAGCACAAGUGGGCUGUUCGUGUUUUCAUGGGCCAUGUCAAUACUAUCUCGGGUCGCACGAUAGAAGAGACUGCUAACAAAGAGGUCGAGGAUCAGCAGCAAGAUUAUAUCGUUAUACCUGGUCAACCAUGGUUAGAUGGUAUUUGUGUAGCGCCUGGCGUAGUUCGCCAGUUUGUAGCUAUGCCGCUGGGGUCUGGAUACACCGUCGAAGGCCAAAAGACGUCAAAAGAGCAGUAUGGAGGUCUUCAACUUGAAAUCACACCGGAACUCUUUCCGAAGCAGCGCUUGUGGUCGUAUGGCAAGGACAAACAUAUCGUAAAGAGCGUACGCGGUUUUCCCAGCGGUCUUGAUGAGAUGAAGACACCUGAACAGCUUGGUAGAAAUAUCGGCGAUGUUCUGAGAUCGUACCCGGUCGAUUCCAUAUAUGAGGAGCCUCUCAAGAUAAGGCAUCUUGCAAAACCAGGAUCGUAUAUCACGUGUAGAGUAGGUUCAUCUAAAACCUACGUGGGUCUCUCGCUAACCUAUAUGUUUGAGGUGAUCGCCCAAAUGCGUUUUGCCACGCUGCAACCUAUUAGAUUGAGCCCAAGUUACAGCUCCUGUGUACGCUGCGACACCAACAGUGGUAGUCUGGGGCAACUGCCAAUGGCCCCCAUUAAAGACACAUCGGAGAUCCGGAGUGAAUCAGCACCCGACGGUCUUUUGCCCGAACAAGUGACAGAGUUUUCGAGCAAGACAGAAAGCUUGGAUUACAGCUCUGAGGAUAACACUAAAAGAGAACUCGAGGUCAAUGAUGCGAGAGACAUCAGUGCCAUGGGUCUAGCCGCUGGCGGAAAACUGAUUCAAGAUAUAUACAAAGAUCCAUACCCAGCCACAUUAUGGAACCACUCUGCUGCACGCGUUCUCCAUGUGCACAUCCUCGACCCAGUAAGCUGCGAAAAGGUAACGCACAUCGUGCCACGGUCUCCGUCGAUGGAUGCCAAAACGUACACCGAAGCUUCUGGACAAUUUUUUGUUGUAAAAGAAAAGGUAGACGAGCGCCUCGACGGAGGUGAUUUCGACAAUGUGAAGAGUGUUAUCCAGAUGGACCAACAGGUCGGCAUCAGUACUGAACCAGAGUUUGACCCAACAAAGCCGAAGAUGUGCACGACAUGCGAACUUCGACUGUGUGACUGCAUUAUCCGUCCCUGUGACCACCAAUUCUGCAACAUCUGCAUCAAGAGGAUUGAGCAGAACAGCAACGAGGAUUCUGCCUCAGCGCAAAGAGAAUGGAAGUGUCCGACAUGUGACAGCAUGGUUUCGCACGUAGCAGGUUUUUCGGCUCCUAUGAAUCUGCCAGGCGAGGAGCCAUUGCGCGUCAAAGUCCCGGUUAAUGUGCUGGAAGUUGAAGACGGUAGGGUGAGAUUUGAAAGUGUGCAGAGGACCAGAAUCUAG